AUGAACGUAAUUCAACCCACCGCACUUCACUUGCUUGAUUGUUACAAUGAUUACGUUCUGGAGAACGAUGAGGACGACUACCAAUUCGACAUGUCAGACGACAACGAAGCCACUUCGAAUGACAGAAUUGGUACUUUUAAUGACACUAAUUGGUCUGUCCAUGACGUCAUUAUUCCACCAAGAGGCACCAACCCAAUCUCUUUGGUUUUAAGUAGUGUUCCUGUUGUUGACUCGGAUAACUCAGACUCUGUUUUUGUUCAAACUGCUGACCCCCGUCUGUGUAAAAGCACUCCAUCUGUAAAUCAUUUCGACGACGACGAAGAGUUCUUCUUUGAGGACGAAUUCUGA